UUAUUUAAAAAAAAAAAAAUUAAUUUUUAUUCUUGUUUUAUAUAUAAAUCAGAAUCAGAGCAAAGCUUCGCUGUUGAUCGUGAUUUUCCCUCGCUCUUUUUGCCGACACUACUUCUCUUCGCUUCUCUCUGACUUUGAGGCUGGUAGUGAUGUCAGAGAAAGCUCUGAAAGAUCUUAAUGCCAUACCUGGAUCUGAGAGGAGGAAUGAAAACUCCAGUAAAGGAAAUAUUGCUAAGUCUGUAGUUAGCAAUACUAAUGGAAAUAUUGAAGAAGGGCAGAAGAAAAACUCAGUUAAUGGCGGUGAAACUGUUAAUUCUGGAGCAGAGAUUGCAAAUUUAGAAGUAGAGUACAUCGAGUCAGAGAACUUGAAUGAUGUAGAAGAUGUUGACACAAGUCUUAAGACACUCUUAGCUGGACUAGACUCAAAAGAUUGGGUCCUCGUGUGUGAAGCACUUAACAAUGUACGUCGAUUAUGUCUGUUUCACAAGGAAGCCAUGCUUGAACUGCUGGGAGAUGUUAUCUCACUUGUGGUGAAGUCCCUGAAGAAUCCAAGAAGUGCAGUUUGUAAAACCGCAAUCAUGACAUCUGCAGACAUUUUCAAUGCUUAUAAUGAUCUUAUGAUUGAAUCAUUAGACCCUCUGCUAGUUCAACUACUUCUCAAGUCUUCACAAGACAAGAGAUUUGUUUGUGAAGCAGCCGAGAAAGCUUUGGUCUCAAUGACAACUUGGCUUUCCCCCAUCCUGUUGUUACCAAAGUUGCAACCAUAUCUUAAGAACAGGAAUCCUAGAAUUCGGGCAAAGGCAUCGAUGUGCUUCUGUCGAAGUGUUCCACGACUGGGUGUAGAAGGGAUUAAAGCAUAUGGAAUUGACAAAUUAAUUCAGACAGCUGCAUCCCAGCUCAGUGACCAGCUUCCUGAAUCCAGGGAGGCUGCUCGAAGCCUCCUGCUUGAGCUGCAAACUGUUUAUCAGAAAUUUUACGAUCUCUCGUCAGUGGCGGUAUCUGAGCAUCCAGAGAUGGGGUCUUGGGAGAACUUCUGUCUGUCAAAACUCUCUCCCCUCAGUGCGCAAGCCGUCUUACGCGUGACCAAUAUUUCGAGGGAGGGACUUGUGAUUGGUUCUUGACACGGGAUUAUAUAGAACACGGACAAGCCUUUUGUAUGUUUCUCCCCCGUUUACAACAUAUAUGAGCAUAGUCUCUACCUUCUUUGCUUUGGUUUGUUCAAUCAAUUUCUCUUUUCUUCGUUUCAUUUUGUAAAUACCGUGGAGCAUUGAGAUGUUUGGAACGUUGCAACUGCAGUUGAAGCACGUAGUUGAGCCGGAGAUUUAUGAUAUAUUUUUUCAUCUAUAUUCUUUUACUCAACAUUCUCUCCAAAUUAUGGAUGUAAAAUGUACUGAUAAGCAUUGUAGAAUUUAUGGCAUUUAUCUUUUUUGA